AUGGCCACCAAUAAUAAUAUUAAUAAUAUUGAUUUUUUAUUUAUUUGGAGGAAUGUGGUAUUAAGAAAAGCAAUUAUAGAGCAAUUAAAUUUAUUUAAAGAUAACUAUAAAGCUGUGUUUAAUACAAGGUUGGAAUAUUUGAGACACAACCACAAAGAAUAUAUAACAGAGAUAAUAUUUAAUAAUGGUUUUCAGCCUGCAGAAAUACCCUCUUGUGUCAGAAAGCUAACUUUAAAAGGCGGAACAACAUUGUAUGGCAUUGAAUUUUUAGAUUCGCUUGAAGCGUUAAUAUUUGCACCCACCACUACCAGUGUUCCUAUAAGAUCGAGUCAGUUCCCUAUAUCUUUAAAGGAGUUAGUACUUUCUGGUGAGUUUAAUAGUAGUCUUAAUGUUGGUGACUUACCUAAUGUACAUACACUAAUAUUUAAAAAAUACGAUAAAACUAUUGGUAUUGGGGUACUUCCAAAUUCUCUACAAGUUUUAAAAAUGGGUAUAAAAUUUAAUAAACCAUUUUCUAAAGGUGUAAUUCCACUGUCAGUCAAAACAUUACAUUUUGGAUACUGUUAUGACAGGCGUUUAAAGGAGGGUGUUCUUCAUCAAAAUAUAGAGCAUUUGGAUUUUGGUUCAUUCUAUCAACAUCCUUUAAACCAAUCUAAUGUACCUUCAUCUGUAAAAACGAUUCGUCUUCCGCAAUUCUAUAAUACUAAAUUAUUAAAUCUUCCAAAUUCAUACGAAAAAAUAGUUAUUGGUCCUGUAAUGAUAAUAAAAGAUAAUAAAUAUUUGUUAUAA